CCAACCGCGGUGCGGAAAAACCGGCUGUUUGACGCAGGCCGCGGAAGAAGCGUAACUUCAGUCCGGGUCCGGGCGCAGAGCAGAGAAGAGCAGGAGGAGAAAAGAGAGAGGGACGGAAAGGAAAGGCAGGAUUCAGCGCAGAGCAUUUUUUUCUCUAUACACUAGCUGGCCUUCUUCAGUGUGAAGAUCCCUAACAGAGCUUCUCAGCCAUCAACUGACAAUCAUUUCAGGGUUUAUGGAUGGUGGAAAUCGGGAUUCGGUUCCUCACGGUUUUUAUCCCCUGACUGUUUUUUUCCUUUCCUGCGUUUUAUACGUUGGGCACAGCUGAACCAGGCACAGCCGCCAUGGCCAGUGGAUGGAGCGUGGAUCCUGUCGGUUUUAGCAAAGCUAGCUAGCUUCAUUCGGAGAACAUAGUUAGCUACCUCAACCUAUUUCAAGUGGAAAAAGAUAACGCCUUAAGAAGAUUUUUGCUCAUUUUUUCUCAUUUUAACUCCUAAUUUUACGAAACCGGUCAUUUUUUUUCUUGUAUAGUUUCUUACCUCUUGCUAGCUAACUCGCUAAGUCUAAACGGACCGUUUUUUCCCCUCAGUCUUAGUUACUGUGAAUUCGGCUACGUCCCGUGUUAGUGUCGGACUGUUUUACUUAUUUAUUGAUUAUAUAAAUGAUAUAAAUUGAAAUAAAUCGAGGUUUUGGAGUAGGAAGAACCGCCCUGGUCUCUACCGCCAGCCGGAGGAGGAAUUUAGCUGAUCAGCACAGAAGCGUUAAAGAGGACGAGACGCAGGGUUUUUUCUGCUCAAGAACCAUUAUUAAGAAAGACGCCCAAGGAAAAGAGGGAAAGAUUUUGGCUAAAAGAUGUCUGGUCGACCCAGAACCACGUCGUUUGCUGAAAGCUGUAAACCCGCCGUGCCGCAGCCUUCAGCCUUUGGGAACAUGAAAGUCAGCAGAGAUAAGGAUGGCAGUAAGGUGACGACCGUCGGCGCGACCCCCGGCCAAGGUCCCGAUCGACCUCAGGAGGUCAGCUACACGGACACCAAGGUCAUCGGAAACGGCUCAUUCGGAGUGGUGUACCAGGCCAAGCUGUGUGACACUGGAGAACUGGUGGCCAUCAAGAAAGUUCUGCAAGACAAAAGGUUUAAAAAUCGCGAGCUGCAGAUCAUGAGGAAGCUGGACCACUGCAACAUUGUACGUCUCCGCUAUUUCUUCUACUCCAGUGGGGAUAAGAAGGAUGAGGUGUAUCUGAACCUGGUCCUGGACUACGUUCCUGAGACGGUGUACCGAGUGUCCCGCCACUACAACCGAGCCAAGCAGAUCCUCCCAGUGAUCUACGUGAAGCUGUACAUGUACCAGUUGUUCCGAAGCCUGGCAUACAUACACUCGUUCGGCAUCUGUCAUCGAGACAUCAAGCCCCAGAACCUGCUGCUGGACCCGGAGACUGCUGUGCUAAAGCUCUGUGACUUUGGGAGUGCUAAGCAGCUGGUACGUGGUGAGCCCAAUGUCUCCUACAUCUGCUCUCGUUACUACCGAGCCCCAGAGCUCAUCUUUGGAGCUACAGACUACACUUCCAGCAUAGAUGUUUGGUCAGCUGGAUGUGUGUUAGCCGAGCUGCUGCUUGGACAGCCCAUCUUCCCCGGCGACAGCGGAGUGGACCAACUAGUUGAGAUCAUAAAGGUGUUGGGGACUCCCACACGUGAGCAGAUCCGUGAGAUGAACCCCAACUACACAGAGUUUAAGUUCCCUCAAAUAAAAGCCCACCCAUGGACUAAGGUGUUCCGGCCAAAGACCAUUCCAGAGGCAAUCGCUUUGUGUUCUCGGUUGCUGGAGUACACACCCACGGCACGUCUCACUCCUCUGGAGGCUUGCGCACACACUUUCUUUGAUGAGCUACGCACUCCUCCUCUAAAGCUCCCAAACGGUCGCGACAGACCCCCACUGUUCAACUUCACCACGCAGGAGUUGUCCAGUAACCCUUCGUUGGCAUCUACACUCAUCCCUGCGCACGUCCGCAACCAACCCGGAGCCUCCUCUCCAUCUAAUGCCUCUUCUACUGCAGAUCCCAGCAGUGGCGAACGUGGCCCAGGCCCGAACGCCGCCUCUGGAUCCGCCCCCAACCCAUCGACCUGAGCACCACCUGCUCCUCGACAGGCCAAUCCCAUGCUGCUGCUCAUUAACCACGCCCACUCUCCCUAAUGUCAGGGGUCGGGCUAUGAAAAAGAAAGAAAACAACACAACAAAAAAAAAAGAUAUGGAUGAACCAACUGAACUUUAUAACCUUCUUCCUCCCACCCUCUCAACUCCUUUUGUCAUUUUGAUUCUUUUCGUUUGUUGUUUUAUAUUUAUUUAUACUAAAGGACAGGAAGGAUGUCUUUUAAAAGCCUCUUCUCAUUUCCAGGCUCUGGGAGAAGAGCGACGGACUAUGGAGAAGUUUAGAUGAUAAUAUAUAUAAAUCUAUACAUGUUUGCUUAUAAAGAGAUGCAGAUAUCUAGAAUUAUGAGUAUGCUACGACUUUCUGUGCGUCUCUUAUGAUUGAGAUUUCUUUUUCAUUUGGUUAAACCACAGUAGCAUUCGUUGCUGCGUGUACUGAUAGGAAAUGCAGAUUUGAGGCCCAACACCGUGGCCCUUUGCCUAUUGACCCAGGCCCCAUGAGAACAAAGUGUGAGGCUGCCUAUCUGUGCUCCUCAAAAGAAAGGACAGAGUCAGCAGUCCUUGGUGUGGAUUUUUUUUUCUUCCCCAGCUUGUGGAUGAACUUUUUGGUUUAGUGCUGAUCUGAGGUGUGUGUGUGUGUGUGUGUGUGUGUGUGUGUGUGUGUGUGUGUGUGUGUGUGUGUGUGUGUGUGUGUGUGUGUGUGUGUGUGUGUGUGUUGAAAUAGGAUCAGCAUCCUCCUGUCUGUUAAGCGACCAAAACCGAUCCUAGAACAGAGACGUUUAACACGUGUCGCUGUUGAUUUGCUCAUGGUUAAGGUAAUGUAUCGAGUUGGAUUCGAUCACUGAUCCCAGAUCAGCUUUAAAGGGCUACUACCACCGGAAACGUAAAUGGCGAGAGCAGUAUCCCCAGGCUUCACACGUAGUAGGUUCUCAUGUAUGAUCUUGUGAAUGAUGUAGCUUUUUUUUCGGGUUUCUCACGCUGCUUCAUUCAUUUCUUCAUAAAGUAUCCAUGUUGUUUAUCGAGGGAGUAUAGUUUUGGUUUCCUUCUCUAUUCGCUAGUCUUCCCAUCGUUUACUCUGUACAGCCCCCAAAACACUUGUAUGUGAAUUGCAUACAAAAAUCCAGGUUCACCGUGUGUGUGUGUGUGUGUGUGUGUGUGUGUGUGUGUGUGUGUGUGUGUGUGUGUGUAUGUGCGUGCAUGGGCACGCAUGCUGUAUAACUACUGUAUUUAAAAGAAAACCGACAAUGAACAAAGGCGGAAAUGAUUUAAUUGUGAACUAUGGAUGAGCCACUUCCUGUUAGCCGUAGAGUCCAAAAUGUCUGAAAGACCUGUGGAGGAUGCAUCUGUUUAGUGUUUGUUGGAGUGUUUUACUUUCAUGUUUUUUUUGUUUUUUUCUUUCUUUGUUUAAUUUCUGGUCCUAUAAUCUAAUCUAAGUAGGACAGGGUUUUUUCCCCCUUAUUUUGUAUUUUAUUUGAUUUUUAUAUUACAAGUGCAACGAUUGUUUCAGGUGAACUCUUCUAGCAUUGAGUAAACUAGCAUUAAGUUUGUGUUAGUGGCCAGCAUCUAUACGAUCAUGCUGCUGAUUAAGCCGAAUUGCAAUGGCUGUAAACGUUGCUGAUUCAAGAGCGUGCAAUGGAUCACAGCCGGUCGUUUGCUGCUGAUCCGGGAUCAGUUAACUGGUCCUGAGUCAGAUUUCCCUGAAGUGCUGCUGGAAAGGUGCUGCUCUUAUGUUGUAUCAUGUGCGGUUCUCGCAUUGUCGCCUGGGUCAUUAUUGUAGCGUUGGGCCAACGAAGUAUCGCACAUCUCUAUUACGAAUUUAGCAUUAUGAGUUAGCAUAGUUUGUGAAGCAUGACAUCAGUUUAUUUUGUCUACACUUUAAAGAAGGGGUUUGCACAAUUUUUCACAGUGCUAAUGUUGUGAAUUUAGCCAUAAAAUCUUCGGCUGAUUUAUUGUUUUGUAAGUAAUCAUCUCAGUCUGAUAUUCUUUAAUGGCUUGAAUGUUUACAAGCUUUUUUUUGUUUCUUUACAAACAUCUUCACUACAUCAAUUCCAGUAUAUUUCGGCCUUCAAGUUGUAGGAGAUUCCAAGUCUGUUGUCUAAAAUGACUGCCCCUGUAAAAUGCAUUCAACUGCCCUAUAAGGAUUUGUACAGCAGUUGUGUACGAGUCUUUUAUUACAUUAUCCAUGCAACUAAACAAACAUUUUAUUGGAUUUUCUUGGCUCUGAAUGGUGGAAAAAUGUGCAAAUUUUCCCCCUUUCUUUAUUUCAUGCUUAAAGUGAGUUUGCUAGACUGAGUCUUGCUUCAUAAUCCAUGCGUUUUCGUAUAUAUUCCUACAACAGGAUGCAAAGGGUAAAAUCUAGUUCUGGAUGGCACAGUGUUUAUUACAGUAAGAUUUAGAAGAUCUAUUAAAAUACAGAGAACGAACUUGUGGACAUGCAACUUUUCUUGCUUUGAAGAAUUUGUUUUUAAUUCAAUGCUGAACUACAGUCAGAUCUGUUUCCUGUGACACUGCACUGAUGCUGAGACUUUUUUAUUUUUUGUAUCUCCCCUUCCAAUGGUGCUCAUGUGUUACUUUCCCCAUUCCUGCAGUGUACUUUUACUCACGAGAGACUCGGUGGUAACGGAACAACGCGCUUAUUUUGUUCAUUCAGCCGAAACAAGAACCGUUUUAAUGACGUACUCACUUGAGUUUUAGCAGUUUUCUUUGUUUGUGUUUUUACCCUCUAACCAGUAAGAAAGGGAUGUGAUCUCUGAUGUACGAUUUCAUGUUCUGCAGUAUUACCUAAUCAAACUCAAUGGCAAUAAGUAUUACACAAGUGGAUGUUGGGAUUUUAUUUGUACUAUUAUUCAUUUGUUUACAAUGCUCUAACAUGUGCUUUCAGUGGCACCCAAUCAGAAGAGAGAUGUCAUGUAGCACUAAGUACAUAAUUAAAAAGAAAGAAUAAUUAGAACACAUUUAAGAGUAUGUAAAUGCUUUCUGCCUGUAAAAUCUACAGCCAUAAAUGUUGCUUCCUUAAACGACUACGGAACCGAUCACGUUUCUAGUUAAGUUUUUUUUUUGUCUCGGAACCUGUACAGGUUGGAUGAACGUGAUGAAAUGGGGGGAAAAAAAAAAACACAAGGUAAAUAAAGUAAAAUAUAUUCACUGCAUAUUUGGACACUUGUGUUUAGCUGUUGUUGGUUGUAAGAGACUCUGUACCUACAGACAGAACAGAUUAAGAUGUUGCUAUUACUUGAAUGCCUGUUGACAAAAUUUUAUUUAAUUCUUAUUUUUUUAUUCCUUUUUUUUUUUUUUUUUUUUUUUUAAAAACAAUUCACUCUAAACAGAUUUGUUUUUCUCUCCUGUGAUGAUUAUGCUAAAUGUCUCUCUCUGUAAAUAUCCCUUCCUCUGUGUAAAAUGGUUCAGAGACGUAGUUACCCGGUACUGUCAUUUGCAUUGAAUAAAGUGUAGGUUAGCCUGA